AUGCUAGUCAAGCUGUUCUGUGUCGUGGUCGGCGAGGGGCGCCCUUUCUCCGUCCAGAUAGAUGCCGACGAGACUCGGGCGUACAGGGACGGUGCGUGGUUGAAGAGCGAUGGCGCCAAACUUAUGACCGUUGACGACCUUGACGGCUUGGACGCGAUGGAUCCAGUGCUGUAUAUCCGAAACCCGAAGCACUUUGGAAAUACGUUUGCACCGAACGAGGGCGAGAUUCACAUCGUGGUGCUUGUUCCUCCAGAAGACCACCCGAGUAAGCGACAAUGUUUGGCGGAUGUCGAAGUACGUGACCUGUUGCGAGAGCACUCGCUUCCAGGCAUGGAAUUCACGGACGCUCUGCAAAAACCGCUUGGGUUCAAGAUUCCCAUCCCGCAUCCGAACCACGUAUCUCAGUGGCCCAACACGUUCACGCAAGGACAGGCCGAGUUUGGGAGUUUCGUCGACGCGUUGCUGAGGCCCCCGAUUGUGAACGAUGGUGCCACCACGGCUGUGUAUCCCCUGGAUGCUUUGUGGCUGAGCCUGUUUAGGAAUCUGUGCGUGUGCUCGAUUUACGAGGAUGAAUACAGUCGACGUACGAACCCCACGAAUAAUGCAAGCAUUGUCAAAGGCAGAGUGUUGGUGGGCAAGUGCGAGCCCAAAGCGUCCGAUGACGCUAUGGCAAGUGCAAAGGAAGACCUGACAAAAGACAUGCCUGUCGAUGCCAUUUGCACCUUUCCCAAAGGCCUGGAUUCGUUCAAACUUCUCAAGGAGUUCCGUGGCGGCGAUGCUGACAUGAUGCCCACGAUCGAACGGUUGGUGACCAAGUUCCCAGAGGAAGCUGUCGUUGUUGAUAUGGACAUUAUCGAUCGCAUCUACCAAACAUUAGGCACACGGCAUUUGAUGAUCGUUGACCAAGUUAAGCUAGCGCUGGACGAACUCCACAGCUUGGGAGUGGCGCAUUGCGAUGUGCGACCGGCCAAUGUAUUUGUCCUUAACACCAAACGAGUCAUCUUGGAGUACUGCCGACCCGUGGAUGCACCGCCGCCACCAAACAUCAAGUGUGUUCCCACUAGCUUUACAUGUAAAACGGCGCUCGAGUUGGACGUAUUUCAGUUUAUUUGGGUUCAGGACGACUUGGCCAGAUAUAGUUAG